AUGGAGGGUGAUGUGCACGUGGAGAAGGUGUUUCCAGGAAAGGUUCAGACUCCAGGGGCAUGUAGAAGACUACUUUGUGCUCAACAGUACAGUAUACCCAGGUCUCCUGCUGUAAGUACAGCUUUUUCUGAAGAGGAAAUCCAUGGAGAGGCCAGUUUCUCCCAAACACCAUCCAGUGAAUGGGAUGAGACCCGAUUGAUCUUUGCUGUCAGACAAGAAAUGAAAAAGAGAGCCAGAGGAGCACCCAAUGCGGCCUGGAGUCGUCCACUUUUGGAAAAGUCCAUGACAAAAAAACCUAUUAGACCCAGUCACAGAGAGAACAAGUGUGAUUUGAUGACAAGUAAUGUGAUGAUUCAGGUGUUGCAUAAUGAUAAUGAUAGUGAUAGUGAUAAUGAUAAUGAUAAUGAUAGUGAUAAUGACAGUGACAAUUAUUACUAUCACGAUCGCUUCAUCCCCCAUUUAACAAGCUCUCACCAUGUGCCGUAUACUGUGCUGAGCAUUUCACAUUAUUUUAUGAAAGCCUCAUAUAACACCUUUAGGCAGCACAUUGCAAAUGUUGAUUUCUCAAACAUCCAGUCAUCAGCGGAGACCUUCCGCAAGUCCCGGCGGGACGGGUUCCCCUGCGAGGCCUCCCGGCGCCACAGGCCUCUGCAGGAGAAGCCAGGCCCCGUCGGCCUCCCGGCCUUGGGGCGCAUCCGGAAGUCCGGGGGGGUGGGGGGUGGGGGGCGCGGUUGCCAUGGCACCGGAGAUGCUCCCCAAGCAUCCUCCCUCAUCCGGGGGAAGGGGGGGAGGGGGGAGAAAAGGGGACCCAAGGCGGACGCCUCCCUCCACGGCAAUCUGGCAGGGGCGCCCGUUCCUCUGCCCGCCGGUGCUCCCACCCACCUUCCCUCGAAGAGGUUAAUCAAGGCCCCUCCUAGGCCGAGGGUGAAUGCUCCCUUACACUGACCGCUGCGAGGGAAUUGUCCGCGAGUGCUGCCCAUCUUCGAAUCAAUGCCUGCCCAGAACAACAGAAAGGGCCUCAGAUGUACUGGUUUCCACAGAACCAUUGUUCGGCUUUUGUGGAGCAGUUUUGAACCUAAUAAAUAAUGUCAAAAGUC